UGAGCACGCCGGAUUCUCCCGGAAGUCUCCCUGGGCCGAGGCGGAAACGGAAGUUUACUUAGGCACGAGAAGGGCUGGUUCCGCGUGUGGAGACUGGAGUUAACUUGGCCUCAUGGCGGUCCGGGCGUCAUUCGAGAACAACUGUGAAAUCGGCUGUUUUGCCAAACUGACCAACACCUACUGCCUGGUGGCCAUUGGAGGAUCGGAGAACUUCUACAGCGUGUUCGAGGGCGAGCUCUCUGAUACCAUCCCCGUGGUGCACGCGUCCAUCGCCGGCUGUCGCAUCAUCGGGCGCAUGUGUGUGGGGAACAGGCAUGGCCUCCUGGUGCCCAACAACACCACUGACCAGGAGCUGCAGCACAUUCGCAACUGCCUCCCAGAUUCCGUGCAGAUUCGGCGGGUGGAGGAGCGACUCUCGGCUCUGGGCAAUGUUACCACCUGCAAUGACUACGUGGCCUUGGUCCACCCAGACCUGGACAGGGAGACAGAAGAAAUCCUGGCUGAUGUGCUCAAGGUGGAAGUCUUCAGACAGACAGUGGCUGACCAGGUGCUAGUAGGAAGCUACUGUAUCUUCAGCAAUCAGGGAGGGCUGGUGCAUCCCAAGACUUCAAUUGAAGACCAGGAUGAGCUGUCCUCUCUUCUUCAGGUCCCGCUUGUGGCGGGUACCGUGAACCGAGGCAGUGAGGUGAUUGGUGCCGGCAUGGUGGUGAACGACUGGUGUGCUUUCUGUGGCCUGGACACAACCAGCACAGAGCUGUCAGUGGUGGAGAGCGUCUUCAAGCUGAACGAAGCCCAGCCCAGCACCCUCGCCACCAGCAUGCGGGAUUCCCUCAUUGACAGCCUUACCUGAGUCAUCUUCCAUGCUGUUCCGUGGGCUCCUGGCUCUGGACUUGGCUCUCUCUCCAUACCACACCCAGUUUGUACCGGAUAAUGGCAGGGAGGUGGCAGAGAGCUCCCUGGGACCGAGUGGCUGGGUGCCCAGCCCUCCUUCACUUGUGCUGUCUCCCAGAUCUAUUGUUCCUGCAAAAACCUGCUGUGUCAUGCUGGCCUGCAGGCCCUGGGGUUCCGGGAUGAGAGUUCUGCUGUCCUGUGCCAUCCCAUUAAAGGGCAGUCGCUUCUA